AUGGAUUUUUAAUAGUUAUUACUCGAAUAUAAAUUUAAGACUACAGAGAAAAAGAAAGGUCAGUUCUGGUGGAAAGAAUAAGCAUGGAAUAAGACUGAUCACAAAGUUAAAGUAAGGAAAGACAAGGUAGAAAGAUCUUUUUCUAGAUAAGAUUAUGUACUAUCUAUCUCUGGAGGUUUUGAUGCAAGCUUUAAUUGGUUAGUUACCAAUAAUGUCUUAAAUGGAACUCCUGUUUGUGAAAUUUGCUGUGCUGAAAUGGAGCUUGGUGGAGGUGGUUAAAGAUGCUCAAUGGAUCCAAGAAGUUACAGAUGCCGCUAAUGCCUAACUAAAACUAGUCUGCGACAUAGAUCAUAUGUCUAAGAUGCUCACUGCACUUUAAUGGAGUUUGUUAGAAUAGCUUACUAUUACUUUUUAAAAGGAUAUGAUCCAGAUUUGGCCCAUAGAGAAAUGACUGAAAAUGCAUCUGAUGGAAUUGGUGCAGGGAUCGCAAAAUCAACGAUUUAUAGUAUUUAUGCUCUUGCAAGAGAACGAAUAUCUAGACAUGCUACUUACUCUGUUCAAUCUAAGAAAUUUGGAGGACCAAAGAAGGAAGUGUUAGUUGAUUUCUUAAAGCUUCAUUUAAGAAACAAGAAAGGAAGAUCUGAGGAGUGGCUAGUGCUUGGCUUUAUUGAAAGAAAUAGUGGCAGAUGUAGAGGAUAUAUGAUCCCAAAUAUCAAGGUUUAAACAAUAGUGUAAUUUUUGGGAAAAACAGUUGCAAAAGAGUCCAUUUUAUACACUCCAUUUUAUUCUGAAAGUGGUUGGGAAUUUUUAGAUAAGUAUUUCGAUCAUAGAAGAUUAAGAAAGACAAAAGCCAAUGAUUAUUUCACUGAAACCCAAAGCUGGUUAAAAGAAUCGGGAUUUGAUAAAAUGUGGAGGAAUGUUAAAGAUUUAGAAAUGAGCUAUCUAAAGUUUUAAACAAAUAUGAGAAGAUAUGGUAAAAUUCAUGAAAAUCUGCAGAUGUACAUAGAUGAAUAAGUGUUUAGGACUGAGAAUAACACUCUUGAGGAAAAAAGAGAGGCUUUAUGUUAAGCAUUCCAUGUGGAUCAUUGGAAGGAGUAAGAAGAGUAAAAAGAUAAAGAGCUAGGUAUUGGUGGUGGUUAUGGGUAAUUUGGUAUUUUAAGUGAGGAGGAAUUCCUUAGAUUAUUAAAGACUACAGGAAAAAGAGUCUAAAAGUUUCAUGAUCAUCCUGACGAAUUCAAGAAUCAGUUUUAUAAAAUAAAAUAUCCCAAAAAAGAUGAUGGUAUACGUUUAGUAGUCUCGAAUGAAGAUUAGGAUGAUUGCUCAAAUGAGCCUGGUGCCGAUAUAGACAAGCCCUUAAUGAGAUUACCUGGUGAAUUGGAUGAGCAAAUAAACAUUUAUGACAUUGCAAAGAAGAGAUUCAACAUAGAAAAAGAUAAAGAAGUUCAGAGAAUUCAGCAUGAGCUGUAAUAGCUUUAGGAUAAAGAAAUAAAUCCCUUAGAAGAUUUGUUUUGA